AUGGAGGGUACAGCUUUGCCCAACAACCAUCGAAAUAAUAAAAAUUCCAGUAAGAGACGACGAUCCAAACAAAAUAAAGCUCAAGGAACAACAACAACAGCAACAACCAAUGAUGAACAAUUUAGAAUGGAGAGGCCUUUUUUUCAUACAGGUUCUCCAACAUUUUAUACAUCAACAUGCAAACAAACUGAUGCUACUGUUUUAUCUUUGAAUAAAGAGCAGCCAAUAGUAUCAAAUAUGCAUGAACAACAAUCCUUUGUACAAAACAAUAAUUUGCAAUCUGGAAGUAAAGUGAUUAGCCAUAAUUUGCAGCCACUAAUGCCAUCUACACAACUGCCAUUACAAACUGUAAUUGUCAGAAAGCUCAGUGUGAGAGAAAAAAUUCCAGCAACUGGAUCAAAGAAAUUAGCAUCAACCUCAUCAAAUAACAUGUCGACAUUGGAAACAGCGAUGCACUCAGUUGUUAUGAACUCAAAUAUAACUACGGAUAAUAAUUUAUCUUCGUCAGUACCACCACGACCUUUAACAGCCCGUGAAAAUGAAAUUUAUAAAAAAUUAUGUGAGAUUAUUUUAACAAUACAUAAAAGCAAAGAAUUUGUAUCACGUGAACGAGUUCAACGAGAAUUAUUUCAUUAUUAUAAUGUUAACUCCUGACCGAAAACACCAGUAUGCCUUAAACAACUUUGCUCUGAUAUCUAUGCUCAUUUGAUUCAUUAUGAUACGCCACUCACAAUCAAACAACUUAUUAAAAUUGAUGAGGAUCUAUGUGCUCAAUAUGAUGUUACUAAUUUUUCUGCAUUUACCUAUGAUGAAAAUGAUGAUGAUGAUAAUUCUGCAAAUUUUAUAUUAUUUCUUAAUAAAUAUCGUCAAAUAAUCGAUCCACAUGAAGAAUUAUCUGUUUAUGAACAGACAACAUCAACAGACAAUCAAACAGAAUUGUAUUCAUUUGUUGAACAGUUAAGCAUUCUGAAUAAUGAUGAAAUAAAUGAAGAACAUCAAUUGCAACAUAUAGCAUUGAUUCAUGGACAUGUAAACACUGAACAACUUCAUAUAAGUCCAGAAAAAUUAUCAGCAGUAGACAAAGCAGUUAAACAUAAAUUUGGUAGAUCAAUUAACUUUCGUAAAGGAAAUCAAAUAAUAAAGAAAGCUAGAAAAAGAUUUCAAAAAAAUAAAUACACAAUUAUUCGCUUUGAAGAAUCUUUAUUAGAUAUAAAUGGUUUAAAUCAAUUGGAUAGUUGUCCAAUAUCACUGAAUGUUAAUGAAAUUCAAUUAUGUCAAUUAAUACUUCAUUGCCCAUUGAUGACUAAUCUUUAUACAUGGCUUCAGUGGUUAAAUUUUUUUCAACCAAAAUAUGGUACUCUCAAAUCAUUUAUUACUAAGCACGAAUGUAAGUUCAAAGAUCUUCGUUUACUUGAAACAUCAACUGGAGAAGUAUAUCGUUUACCUAUCAAUGCCAGUCUUGCUACAUUUGAACAUGAACUCAACGAAAUGCAUAUUCGUUCAGCUGUUGGACAUCUAUGUUCAUUGAUUAUUGAGGAAGGUUUAAUUACACGAUUUCCAAUUAAUGUUUAUCGAACAUCUAUGGAUACUUGGUUUCGUCAUCUUAGAUCUUUGGCUACAUUACAAAAUGAUCAUAUCGAUCCAAUGCAACAUAUACUUGAUUUUUUAAUGUAUCUACCAAUACUUAUUGGUCAAUCAAGAAUUAUUGAAGAACUUAUUCUUGUACCACUUGAUAAAGUAUUUGGUGAUGUUUCAGACAAUGCAAUUAAUGUGCGAACAAGACUAUGGGAUUUAGCAAAUGUACAACAAAGGAUAAAAUUAGAAUUAUGGGGUCAUACAGUAAAUAUUGUUGAAUGGAAGAACGAAAAAAAAUGGUUAGGAGAUGAUGAAUGGGAAGAAACAUCUAUUCUAAAAUCAGAAAAUGAAUUCAUCCAACAACAACAAAACAUUGAUGCAGUUAAUCCUGCUGUGAUGACAUCAGCUGUUACGAAAUCACUUUCGACUGUGACAACUAAUAUAACUUCUAUUAUACCUACUCCAGCUGCAGCUAAUAUCAAUGAUAAAAACGAUUCAGUUCAAGCUGCAUUCGAACAUAUCGAAUCAAUUCGUCGAGGUUUUGGUGUUGAUAGUGGCCUUGAUCCGACUAGCCAAUCAAUAAUUACUAAUCUUCUAGGCAUGAUUGAACGAAGUUUAGAAAGAUUAUCUAAUGAUCUCUACUUGGAACAAGGUCAUUUCGUACUAGAACUUAUUCAAAAUGCUGAUGACAAUCAAUACACAUUAGAUCGUGUACCUACUCUACGUUUUAUUCUCUCAUCAGAACGAAUUCUUGUGUGUAACAAUGAAAUAGGAUUUCAACCUUGUAACAUUGCAGCAAUCUGUAAUGUAGGUGCUUCAACUAAAGGAAAACAUAAACAAGGUUAUGCUGGUCAUAAAGGUAUUGGAUUUAAAUCAGUUUUCAUGAUAUCACAUCGGCCAGAAAUUCAUUCUCAAAAUUAUCACUUAUGUUUUGAUACUGUUAAUGGAACUCAACAAAUUGGGUAUACAUUACCAAUAUGGAUAGAUCAAUAUGAAGAAGAAUUACCUAAUAUUGAUGAAUGGGCGACAUGUAUUCGUCUACCAAUUAAAAAAGAAGCACAAGAUGCUCGACUAAAAGAAAAUUUUAAGAAAAUAGAAUCAAUUUUUCUACUCUUUCUCAAUCGUUUACGACAAGUUGAAAUCAUAAAUCAACAUGAUAUUUCUUCGAUUCAUAAUAAUAAUAAUAAUAAUCGAAUAUUUACCAGAAUUGAUCAUGUUCAUGGACAAAUUAUAGAAUUACAAGAAAAGAGUAUGAAUGGAACCAUCAUUAGUAAUUUAUGGCUUGUAGUCAAAAAGGUCAUUGAAGUACCCCCUAAUAUUAAGAAAAAAUUACAUGAUGUAAAAGGUGAUGUUGAUUCAACAAUCAUUGCCGUUGCUUAUCCACUCAAUGGUAUGCAAGAUUCUUUAUCAUCAUUUCCACCAACUCAGCCUGUUUUUGCAUAUUUACCACUUUGUUCAUAUGGAUUUCGUUUUAUUCUACAAGCUGAUUUUGAAGUUCCAGCAAAUCGUCAAGAAAUUCUUCAUGAUAACCUAUGGAAUGAAUGGCUUAAAUCAGAAAUGACUUGUCUUCUUUCUUUAGCUUAUUGUCAAUUUCAACAUCUACCUGAUCUACUUACAUUAUCUACAAUUAAUACACAAAUAAAUUAUCAACUAACACCAAUACAAAUAAUAAAAUAUUUUCUUAAAUUUUUUCCUCUACAAAAUGAAUCGAAACCAUUCUUUAAUACAUUUGUUGAUAAAAGUAUUCAAUUACUAAUGGGUAUUAUUAAAUUACCGGUUUCACAUCAAAAUGAGAAAGACGAAAUAAUUAUCGAUUGGGUUUCACCUUCUCAAUGUGUUAUUGUACGAGAUGAAUUUAUUCGAAAAAUUCUCUCACAAGAUUUAUUAUUAUCUCAUUUCAAUAGUUAUUAUGUUCAUGAACAAUUAGUCCAUGAAUGUGAUGAACAAAUUCUACUGAAAUUAGGUUGUCGUCAACUUGAUUUUUCAGAUAUUACACGACUUAUUGAAGUAUCAUAUAAACAAAAUGAACAACAACAUCUUAAAACAACAUCAGCUAUAGAACAGAUUGCUCAAUGGAUUGUAUGUCUCGACUAUAGUCUUCAACAACAGCGAGAAGAAAUGAAUUAUAAAGAGCGUGAAAAUGAUACAAUUUUAAAACUUAAACAGUUGAAAAUUAUUCCAUUAAAAGAUCAAUCACAUUUAGUAUCUAUUGAUGAAUUUGACAAACAUACUAUCUCGUUUCCACCAGACAAAUCAACUCCAUUUUCAAAACAUCUUAAACUUGUUCUUGAUGAUAUACCUACACUUGAUGAACAAUUACUUAAUUUUAUUGAAGAUAAAUAUCCACGACGAAUUGAUUCAAUUAAACGUCUUCUUCAAAAUCUUGGUAUCACUAAAGCAUAUAAUAUUCGUGAAAUAUAUCGUCAACAUAUGUUACCAAUUAUGUCAAAUCCAACGCGUUGGUCUUCAAAAUCAGAAUUAGUAUUAAUUGCAUAUCUUUUAUGUAUUUAUGAAUAUCUAUACUUACCUAAUCCUGAUAUAUUUGAAAAUGAAUUAAAAACAUUACAAAAUAAAAUGAUUAUUAAAACACAUAAUAAUCAAUUUGUUUCAUUAGGUUCUUCUGAUGUUAUUGUUCAUUUAACAUCAACGUAUGGUUGUAGAGAUUCACUUGAAUCUUUAAAUUUAUCCAAUUAUCAGUUCCUUUUUAUUUCUGAUGAUUAUUAUACUGAGUUUUGUCGUACCGGACUAUGUCGUAACGAUCAUGAUUUACGUUCUUUUGUCAAAUUUCUUAAGGACCUCAAUUUGAGUGAAUUUCUUCUGGUAAACGUGAAUGAAACAUCGUUUAUCGAUGUUCAACAACUUGUCGAUACUAAAUGGGCCUAUUUAAUUCCACAGUUAAUUGAAAUGAUUCAUGAACCAUUUAUAAUACAAGAUUAUCGUUCUGAUGAGUUC